UCCCGGUAAAAACGCGGCCAGUACGAAGUCACAAGGGAUUCACAGCUAAAUGUGUACAAUAUUUCUGUGCCCGCAAGCAUUAUCGUGAUCGGAUCUUUAGUACAGCAUCAGCACCGCGACAGGACUAACAGUGCUAAGCGCCAUCGUCGUCGACCACACACAGAGAAAAAAUGGCCUUUAGUUUUGCCGCAUUUAGCUACAUCGUGGCGCUCCUCAUCGAUGCGUUCCUCAUCUUUUUCUCAAUCUUUCACGUCAUUGCUUUCGAUGAGCUAAAAACAGACUACAAAAAUCCGAUCGAUCAGUGCAAUUCCCUCAACCCGCUCGUCCUGCCGGAGUACGGGUUACAUGUUUUGUUUAACCUAUUGUUCCUUUUUUCGGGCGAGUGGUUAUCACUGGCCCUCAACAUCCCGCUUAUCGCGUACCAUGUUUGGAGGUAUGCAAACCGACCGGUCAUGUCGGGUCCGGGCCUAUACGAUCCUACGAGCAUCAUGAACACGGACGUUCUGCGAAGCUGCCAGCGGGAAGGCUGGAUAAAGCUGGCCGUGUACCUACUAUCGUUCUUCUACUACCUCUACGGCAUGAUCAUGGCGCUAAUCGCCGCGUAAGUGCCUGCCCGGCGAGACGACACAUCAAUCGAUAUGGGAACAACGUUUAGACGAAAUUCACCCCCAUCCGUACACACACACACACACCGUGGCCAUUUGGUUCGAGUUGUGCAGUGGUGCUUCAGAAGUGCGAUCGCAACACUUUUUAACCGGACAACGGUCGAACGAACGAAGCGCUACAUACCUUUGCUACACUCACCUACAGCACAUACCUAGGAAAUAUUGUACCAAGAAACUCACUCAUCUUUCCGGGCCCUGAAUAUCCGGUGGUGAUGGUGACUUAUUUAUUCCGUUCAUCCAUACCGACGAUUAGCAUGUGUAAAGCGCGACCCGCAAUCGUUGUGGCCCAAAGGUGGGUCGC